AUGAAUGACGUUUCCCAAAAGGCAGAGAUUCUUCUUUCUUCAUCUAAACCUGUCCCCAAAUCCUAUGUGCCAAAACUUGGCAAGGGUGACGUAAAGGAUAAGUUUGAAGCCAUGCAGAAGGCCAGGGAAGAGAGAAAUCAAAGGCGAUCUAGAGACGAAAAGCAAAGAAGACAAGAACAAUAUAUUAGAGAGAGAGAAUGGAACAGGAGAAAGCAGGAGAUUAAAGAAAUGCUUGCUUCUGAUGAUGAGGAAGAGAUUUCUGCUAAAGUAGAAAAGGCUUAUGUCCCAAAGUUAACAGGGACGGUUAAAGGUAAAUUUGAUGAAAUGGAAAGACACAGACAGGAAGAGCAAAGGAAGAGAACGGAAGAGGAGAGAAAGCGCAGACUUGAACAGGAUCUGCUGGAAAAGAGGAAAAUACAGCGCGAAUUAGCAAAAAGAGCUGAGCAGAUUGAGGACAUAAACAAUACGGGAACCGAAUCCGCAUCAGAGGAAGGAGAUGACUCACUGCUUAUAACAGUGGUGCCUGCCAAAUCGAACAAAACAUCUGGAAAAAUACAGAAUCCUGAGGAUCUGGACAAAGAGCAAGGGAGUGAGAGGCUUAACCAUGAAGAUGAUAAAAGAAUAAGAUAUGAAGAAGAGGGUCGAGCUCUCAAGGAAGCAAAGUGUCUGUCAUUCGUCAUGGAUGAUGAAACUGAGGCCAGAAAGGGAGCCCAUUUUCCUGGAAAACUGAAAUUAACUUUUGAGGAACUGGAGCGGCAGAGACAAGAACAUCGCAAGAAGCAAGCAGAGGAGGAAGCAAGACGGCGCUUGGAAGAAGAGAGGCGCGCCUUUGAGGAAGCAAGGAGGCACACGGCAAGUGAAGAUGAGGAUGAAAACCAAGAUACGGCAAAAGUUUUUACAGAGUACCGCCCUGGAAAACUCAAGCUCAGUUUUGAAGAAAUAGAAAGGCAAAGGAGAGAAGGUGAGAAAAGAAAAGCAGAGGAGGAGGCCCGGAGGAGAAUAGAGGAAGAGAGGAAGGCAUUUGCUGAAGCAAGGAGAAGCAUGGUAUUAGAUGAUGAUUCCCCAGAGAUAUAUAAAACAGUUUCCCAAGAAUCUCUGAUGCCUGGAAAACUGGAAAUUAAUUUUGAAGAAUUAUUAAAACAAAAAAUGGAAGAAGAAAGACGACGAACAGAGGAGGAACGAAGGCAUAAACUGGAAAUGGAAAAACAGGGAUUUGAGCAACUGAGACAAGAAAUGGGAGAGGAGGAAGAAGAAAAUGAAACUUUUGGAUUGAGUAGAGAAUAUGAAGAAUUAAUUAAAUUAAAAAGAAGUGGUUCUAUUCAAGCUAAAAAUCUAAAAAGCAAGUUUGAAAAAAUUGGACAGUUGUCUGAAAAAGAAAUACAGAAAAAGAUAGAAGAAGAGCGAGCAAAGAGGAGAGCAAUUGACCUUGAAAUUAAAGAGCGAGAAGCAGAAAACUUCCAUGAGGACGACGAUGUUGAUGUAAAGCCUGCAAAAAAGAGUGAAUCUCCCUUUACUCAUAAAGUGAAUAUGAGAGCCAGAUUUGAACAAAUGGCUAAAGCAAGAGAAGAAGAACAACAAAGGAGAAUUGAAGAACAGAAGUUACUACGAAUGCAGUUUGAACAGAAAGAAAUUGAUGCAGCAUUACAGAAAAGACGAGAAGAUGAGGAAGAAGAAGAAGGGAGCAUCAUUAAUGGUUCCACCACUGAAGAUGAGGAGCAAACCAGAUCAGGAGCUCCUUGGUUCAAAAAGCCUCUAAGAAACACAUCAGUUGUUGACAGUGAGCCAGUCAGAUUUACUGUUAAAGUGACAGGAGAGCCCAAGCCAGAAAUCACAUGGUGGUUUGAAGGAGAGAUGCUGCAGGACGGAGAAGACUAUCAGUACAUUGAAAGAGGCGAAACUUACUGCCUCUAUUUGCCAGAAACUUUCCCAGAAGAUGGAGGAGAAUAUAUGUGUAAAGCUGUCAACAAUAAAGGCUCUGCAGCAAGUACCUGCAUUCUUACCAUUGAAAGUAAGAAUUAAUUGGCAUUUGAUCGUUUAUUUUAUUAAGGAAAUAAAUGGGGGAAAAUAUCAUUUUUCUUCUCUUUUUUUUAGUGGAUGACUACUAGGCUUCCUUCUCUCCUUGGAACUCUCUCUCCAACUCUCUUGCUACAUCUCUGUGGAGGGGCCAAAGGAGAACAGAGGUGCCACCAACUUGACCUAAUACUCUUUCCCCAAAUCUUCCAAAUAGCUGAUCCAAAGAAUGCCUUUUCCAAUGCACAUUUGGGUUACCAUGUUGUGCCCAGUCAAAAUGUAGUUGACAGGGAAGGGAAAUGUACUCCUUCUGUAUGAACCUAAAGCAAAUGCUUUGUAUCUUCCAUAUUUAUAACCAUUAUGUUUAAAGUAUACUGUUUGCAUGAAUAAAUGGAAUUUUUACACCUAAAGUUAGCCAGAGAGGACAGUGAAACCGGAACUGCUCCACUGUCCUCUGUAGCCCAUAACUGCUGUGGACGCCAGUCUUUCUGAAGAUACACUGACAAAGGAGGACCGCUGGAAAGAAAAACCCAAGCAGGAUUUUUUUCUCCAAAACUACUAAAUCAAAUUUGAUAGAAACCAACGUUUAAGCAGUGUUCCAAGUGUGAUAGAUAUUAACGUGUGUCUCAAAUGUAUAAUGACCAUACUGAAGUUUAUGCUGUGACCUGACUGAAUAAAUGAUACUAUAAUGAGAAAAUAUUAGUAUUCCAUGUAGGAACAAAUGUGGCUUUUUUUAAAAACACAGUUGAAGAUUUCAACACCUAAGAGGAUUAGA